AUGUUGCACUGUGAUGCUCAAGGCGCAAUAGAAGUUGACUGGAUUAGAGUGGGAAAACAUCUUCCACGAAAUCAUAUUUUGUAUCCAAAUGGUACUUUACUUCUUGGGAACAUAUCACCAAAUGAUGCAGGAUCCUAUACGUGCGUGGCAAACAACUCUCUGCGUUCAGUAACUGCGACAUCUGUUGUUAAGGUGAUUACACCUAAGUCUUGCAGCAGUCUUAAGUCAGGUCGCAGUGGAAGUUCAUCAGGUAAUUAUACUAUUGACCCUGAUAGCAAAGGAGGCGUGGAACCUUUCAGUGUGUAUUGUGAUAUGAGUGACAAGGUAGGAGCUGGCGUAACAGUCAUGAGUCACGACAGCGAGAGUAGAACUCAUGUUGUCCAUAUCCCUGGGUGUGGUGUGACUUCUGGAUGUUACUGUUGUUACAGAAAAGAUGUAUCUCACACUGGAGUUAGCACAGCUCAAAUGGCGGCACUCACUCGAGUCUCACAAACCUGUGAACAGUUUAUUAAAUUUGAGUGCAAAAAUGAUGUUGCCUUUGUGCCAGAGUCAGUUGCCUGGUGGGUGUCACGUGAUGGAAGGAAAAUGAACUAA